AUGAAGGGAAAAUUAACCAUUAAUCAAGUUAUCAAACAAUCAUCAUUUAUAAAACAAUUGAAUCCAGAUCCUCAGAUCCGAUCGAUCUACAAAUUAGAACAACUCAACGGUGAUGGCGCGAAUAAAACUGCUAAAGAGCUUUUACUCUAUCGUCCCAGAAUGAUUGCUAAGGGGUGCCAUUUCAGUUAUAAUCUGCCUGAGAGCCGUAAAGAGUACCGACCACUUUUCUAUUCAAAACAAUUGUUAGAAUCUUUAAAUUUGAUUGCUGAUUCUCAAUUGGAUGAUAUCUUAUCAGGUAAAAAAGUUAUUUUAGAACCAUCUCAAGGUAUUGCACCUUUUAGUAUUGCGUAUGCAGGACAUCAAUUUGGCCGAUUUUCAGGUCAAUUAGGUGACGGUAGAGCUAUUAAUCUAUUUGAUAUACAAGGCGAGGGGGGGAACCAACAAGAUGCUGUGACAGUACAAUUGAAAGGCUCUGGUAGAUCUAUCUUUUCCAGAGGGUAUGAUGGGAAAUUGACAGUAGAUUCAAGUAUUCGAGAAUUUAUUUGUUGUGAAGUAUUAAACGCAUUAGGAAUCAAGACAGUUCGUGCGUUGAAUAUCACAUUGUUGCCUGGUACUAGAGCGACUCGUGGAUCCACUGUGGAAAAAUGUAGUGUUUUAUCAAGAUAUGCAUCAAAUUGGGUCCGUCUUGGCAAUUUCGAAUUAUACCGUUGGCAAAAUGAUAUGGAUGGUAUGAAGAAAUUACUUGAUUGGUGUUUACAACGAGAAAAUUUAAAAGAUUACCAAGAAUUGUAUUAUUAUAGUGUUAGGGAGAACGCAAAGACAAUGAGCCGUAUACAAGCCCUAGGGUUUCUCAAUGGAGUAUUGAAUACUGAUAACACUUCUGUAGUUGGAUUUUCCAUGGAUUAUGGUCCAUUUACGUUUUUGAGAAAUUACGAUCCUGAAUUUGAUCCUACAGAUUCUGGGAGGUAUUCAUAUAAGAAUCAAGUGGAUAUGGUCUGGUGGAAUCUUGAAGUGUUUGGCAACGUGUUGGGUAGGGAGUUUCUGGGGGAUAGGUUUGAAGAAAUUUUAGCAAGAAGCCGGGAAAUUUAUUACAAGGUUUUCGAAGAGGAAUAUCUGAAAUGUAUGAGUAAGAGAAUGGGAUUGGGAACACAAAUUGAUUUACAAGAGUUUAAAACGAUUAUUUUAGAACCAUUAUUGACUAUUUUACUAAAGAGGAAAAAUAUCGGGUACAAUAAUUUUUUCUAUAUGCUUAACCAAAAGGGAAAGAUACAAGACAUAUUUUUCACCACUGAAGAAUGGGCGCAAUUAAACGCCAAAGAUGAUGGCAAUAACAAGUAUGCACGUCAUUUAAAAGAACAACAUGACAGUGCCUCACAGUGGUACAAGAAAUAUCUCGACUUCAAAUCGAAACAUUCUCUUGAUGAAACAACGUCUAUAAAUCCAAUAUUUAUUCCAACUACAGAAAUCAUUGAAGAUGUUUGUCAGAUAUUAUACAGAAACGAUUAUUCGGACAUCACUUCUUUAGAAAAAUUAUACCUAAUGGCUACGAAUCCUUUUUCCAAUAAGCAUUGGUCUGAUCAACACUGUAAGACCACUACUAUUAGCAAUACAAACAAUGAAGGUUUCAGAUUGGAUUUAGAAGAGAAAUGGUUAUCCAUGUAUCAAGAAUGUACUCCAGCCAAACAUCUAAGUUGUUCAAGCUAA